CCUUCAUGUUCCAUGUUAGUUGUUACCUAACUCCGUUUGAAUUUGGAGUCACAGGAAUCUUCUGCACCUGGGCGUUGAAAGAAAAACUGUAAGAGAAAACUUCUUCAAGAAAGAGAGGUGACUGAGCAAUGGAGAAGCUGGAUGAUGUAACAGUAUCUGUCCUUAAAGGUUAUAUUUGAUAAUACAUUUGUGUGUGUGUGUGUGUGUACGUAUGUAUGUAUGUAUGUAUGUAUAUAUAUAUAUAUAUAAAUCUAACAGUUUUGUUUGUGCAGUUAUGUGCUUGCACAGUUUAACUGGUGUUUGUCUUUUUGUGAGCUGCAAGCAUUGAUGAGCGCAUGCUUUUAACAUUGACCCGUGAUGAUCUGAGGGACCUUUUUUCUGGGCCUGAGCACUUUCUCAGAAGAAAACGUGUGUGGUCAAUAAUUCAUCCUGAGGAAGACCAUCCGCUACCACAGAAACCUGAAACAACUUCUUCACCCAGGGUAGUUGCAACAGGCCCUCCAACCGCUGAUGCUAAUGUUGGCCAGCUGAAAAUCUUGCAGCUCCCCAGUCCUCCGGAAUAUGUUGUGUACACCGACAGUGAGUUGGAGCAAUGCCGAAAGAGUUACCUGGAGUUGGCCCGCUCCAGCAGGGAACAGGGAUGCGUCAUGUCAAAAGAACUGAGAUGCAGAUUGGUGAGAAAUACAAUCACAAGUAUGGUGUCCCGUUUGAGAGCAAGCCAAGGCCAAAUGGAGCGAUACCCCUCUAAGACCGAAAUCACUGCAAUGGCUAAAAAAGUUGUGGAAUAUUAUCCUAUGCUGCAGGAUAAUGAUGCAAGCGUAAAACACGAGAGCAUUAAUGCCAAGUUACAAAAAAGGCUGCAAAAUAUGAAAACCCCAGUAAAAAGGCAAGGACCAACACCGGAGAGGGGACGGCCCAAGAGAAGGCUCACUGACCUCUCCCCAAGGGAUGAAGAAGCUGAUGAUGAAGAUGCUGAUCGCAGUUCUUCCAGUAGUGCAUCUACUCUGUUAUCACCUGUCAGAAAUUCUGACGAUGCCUCCACUUCAUCUGACAAGGAUAGUUGGCAAAUACAAGCAAGACAUUACAAAACAUUACAAGAAAUGUGCAAGAAGGCAAAACCAAACCAAGAAGAUGUGUCCCAGCUAUUAGACCUCGAGUUUGAAGCCAGAAGAGCCUUCAUUGACUCAGACACCAUGAAAGAGGAGAACAGAGCUCACCUCAUCUUGGAUGCAUAUCCAUGCUUUAAAGAAUUGCAUCAUGCGUUGGGUGAGCUUCGCAGAAUUUUGGAUCCCCACAACAACAAGUUCAUCAGUCAAAUAAAACUGAGAUGGGAAGAAUUCUGCUCCAGGGUAGAGUUCUACGGUGUGUCAAAGAAGGCAAUGAAUCCACCAAUGACCAUGGACAAAACUGAAGCCCACCUUGCACUGAUGAAGGCUCUUCCAACGCUCUUUCCCACACCUGCCCAUCCACCAAAAAAGAUGGGGAAUGCUUCUGAAGAAUUUCUACAUGUCCUGAAGCCUACAGAAGAUCCAGAUGCUGUCCUCCAGAAACGAAGCUUGUCAUGUCCAGUAGUGAUGUUCAAUGGCUGCAAGUGUGUCAUUGCUGUUGGUAAUUUACCAGUUACAACAUUUGACAAAGAAAAACUUGGUGAGGCUAUGAUAUAUGUGAUGGCAUACUUUUAUGCACUCCAUCUGACUUACCCCAAAUGCGUGGCAACCCUGCUGUCUGUCAUUCAGACAGAAGUUCUCCAGGAUGCCAUUCAUGAGAGUGACACUACAUCAUCUUACAGAAAAGCCCUGGAAGAAUGGCAUGCAUUUAUUGGAAAGUAGUGUGUAAAUUUUAGAUAAGAUUAUGAGAGGGCACUUCUGUUUUGUUUUUUGUUUUUUCAAUCUGGGUCUUAUUUCUAAAAUGGAAAAUGUUCAUUUACUCACCCAGACAAGUUUUGUGAUAUUCGGUGUCAUUCGGAAGAAAUUUGAAUCUUUGUGGUCUUCCUAUGUCACUCGUCAAUUUUAAUGGGGCAAUGGCGAAACC